AUGCCUCCAAAGAAAGAGAAGAAAGUGCAAGUGAAAGGAGAUGAAGCUGAAAAGACCAUUUUAGAGUACCUCGAGCAACAGUACCGCCCUUACUCAGUCAACGAUAUCAUCCAGAACCUACAUGGCAACAUCUCCAAGGCUGCCGCUGUCAAAGCUUUAGAAAACUUGACUGCUGAGAACAAGAUUGUUACAAAGGUUCUUGGAAAGAUGUCAAUAUCGGUUGCAAAUAAAGUUGAAGUGGAUCAAUCAGAAGAAUCUAUAAAUUAUGAUGAGGAACUAGAGGUUAUGAAGCAGAACAUCAAGGAGGCAAGUCAAAACUUGAGUGCCUUACAAACUGAACUUUCAGAAACAACAAAGUAUCCAUCAGAUGAAGAGCUUGAUGCUGAGCUCAAGUCGUUGCAGAAAGAAGUGGAAGAUUUAUCACAUAAAAUUGAAGCUGCAAAAUCAAAGCCAAGUAUAAGCACUGAAUCGGUGAAUAAGAUAAAGUCUCUAUCAGCCUCAAUCACAAGUGAGUCUCAAAAGAGACAGAAACUAUAUAAAAACUUUCUCAAGUACAUUGCUGAGUUUAUUGAUCCAAAGAAAUUGAUUUUUGAUCUGGGUCUAGAGGAAGUGACUAUGGUUCAAAACAAAGCUUGAUAGUAAAAUGAAUAUAGCUAAUUAAUUUCAUCUUGUGUGUGGUUCGCGAUCUGAAGCUUCUUCGAAGAAAAAUCUUUUCACCCUUCCAGUUUACUCCUGAAUAUCACAACAUCC